AUUCUGCGAUGACUGCCCCUGCUGCUGAGACCGCCGCGGCGGCCUCAGCGCAGGCUCAUAAGGGUAGGGGACGUCGGGCGGGGUGUGACGGCGGGAAGGGUGGUGGGGGUGGCGGAGGUGGCGAAGGUGGCGGCGGUGGUGGAGGGGAUGGUGGUGCAGACAAGGGACCGGGGCUGAUGCCCUGGUGCAGCAGCAACAUUAUCAGCCUCAGCAGCAGUAGCAGCAGCACCAGCAGCAACAGCAGCAGCAAUAGCAGCAACCUCAGUAGCAGCAGCGGCAGCAGCAGCAAUCGCUGUGGGGACCCCCGCCCCCGUGGUGGACUGUCGGUGCUAGUG